AUGAAGAGAACAGCUGAAAGCGACUACAGGUACUGGUCUUAUCCAAUCACGGAUGGGGCAACAGAAUUUUCCAUACCGGGAACACCAGUGAGCAGUCCUAAAAAGCGGAGAGAAUCCUCGAGUGCAAAACCGCCGACAAGGCUCAACUUAUUACCGGGUCUUUAUGCUGUGAAAAAUAAAUUCACGGAUGUUGAGCCUGAUUUUUAUGGUCGGGGCACAGACCGUGUCGAAUUGAAAAAGCUUUACCCUGAAAUGCCGAGAAUGCGAUGUGGCGGCGCUGAUGUGUCUGAUAAUGAUGAAGGGUAUGGAAGUCUGACUAAUAACCUCGGCUACCUGGACGAAGAGCUAGUGCCUGAUACAGAUCCCUGGGAUUUGAGAAAAUGGCAUUCCAAAUUGCAGGAAAAACGCUGUGCGGAGGCUGAGGCUGAAAAGAUGGAUGAAGGAAUGGACUGUAAAGCAGACUAUAAGGAUACUGAGAGUAUGUGUGAAGAACCAAACCCAGACAGAAGCAUUCGGAGGUCACUCCUAUCUGAUCUGAUGAAGUAUGCGGCAGAGGAAAAGGAAAACAUGGCUGUUGAUGAAAACACUUCUGACGGUUUUGAGAGUUCUAAGGGAAGUAUCCACUUUUCGGGUGAUGUGCGGAAUCUUCAGAUUGGGGACUCGCAGACCAUGGAAGUGUCCAUCAUGUCCUGUCUUUAAAACAAAUCCUGCAGAAUAGAGAUGCUAUGUGUGUUUUCUCAAUAAAAUGAGUUUGAUCUGUA